UCUGCCCAGGACUACUGCCUGUCCACGCUGGUGGAGGAGGUGCAGCGCCUCGCCAAGCUGAAGGGGGAGGUGCAGCGGAGGGACGAGGAGAUCCUGGCGCUGCAGGGGGAGCGGGAGGCGCUGAAGAAGCAGCUGAAGUACCUCCUCAAGAGCAGAGGCCGGGAGCUGUCCGUGUGCCAGGAGUGGCUCCCGGAGUCCGGCUCGCGGCCCCAGGGCAGGCUCAGCAUCCUGCAGGACUUCUGCAGGGAGGACGAGCUGCAGAGCUGGCGGCAGUUGCAGGAGGAGUUCGUCCUGGCGGACAGGGCCGGGGGCCUGGAGUCUGGAGGCGAGGAGGAAGAGGCGGGCCUGGAGGGGGAAGCCCAGAGGGUGGACCAGGGCGCUGUGGGCAGGAAGGAGGCUGAGGGUGAGGAGGGCGAGGAGGAGGAGCCGCAGGGGCUGGAGCUGGACGAGGAGCGGGAGGCGCAGCAGGCCCAGGAGGGCGGCGGCCUGAAGAGGUUCAGCUGCGCGGACGACGCCUUCGAGGAGGAGCUGAUAGCGCAGCUGGAGGAGUACGAGCAGGUGAUCCAGGAGUUCCAGCUGGAGCUCGGGGUCGCCAGGACCAGAUACAACCUGGCCACAGGAGCCUGCAUCUCUCUGCAACGGCAAGUGGACCGCCUGGAGUCGCAGCAGCAGCAGGUCAACAUGGAGCACGAGCUGCUGCAGAAGGAGCUGCGGGAGCGGAAGCGUCAGCUGCAGGCCAUGACCGACAAGUUCUCCAACCUCCGGGAAGAGAAGAAGCAGAAAGAGGUGAUGGGGCUCAUCGAGAAGGACAACCUCUUCCUGCGACAGCAAGUGUGGGAGCUGGAGCAUGAGCUCGCCACGCGGGAGCACGCCAUCGCGGAGGCCGAGGCCAGGGCGGGCCAGCUGCAGGCCCAGGUGAGCCAGUGCCUGGACCACCUGGAGCGGCGGAAGCAGCUGCAGGAGCAGGCGCAGAGCAAGAUCGAGGCGGCGCAGCAGGCGGAGCAGCAGGUCCGGGUGGCGCUGGAGAGCGCGCAGUCCAGGCUGGAAAGACUGAGGAACAAGGUCAUCCAGGCCGCCUUCAGCACCCCCGGGAUCAGGUCCUUCGCCUCCGAGAUCUCUGACAACGACAUUCUGGAGGCCUUGCAGCGGAUCAUCUCGGAGCGGAUGGACUACUACAACCAGCUGAAGCACAAGGGCGUCAAGGUGCCGCCGCUGCUGAUGGCGGAGGUGUUCUCGUCCAGCAAGUCCAAGAAGGUGACCUCCAAGUAGCUGGGCGGGCCCCCCCAGAGCCGCCUGGGCCCCCCGCUUCGGCUCCGAUUCAGAAUUAAACUCUGUUG